CAGGUGGGGAUUCCAUAGCUGGGUGGUUCUAAGCCAGCAGGCGCAUGGAAAGCUGCGGGAUGCUGAGCCUGCUGCUGCAUGCGAUGGUCCUCGGUCUGCCCAGCGCCCGGGCUGCCGAGGACACCUGCGUGAACGCCUGCCCGGCCGCCUGCGUCUGCAGCAGCGUGGAGCGCCGCUGCUCCGUGCGCUGCGACCGCGCGGGCCUCCUGCGGGUGCCGGCCGAGUUCCCGUGCGAGGCGGCCUCCAUCGACCUGGACCGCAACGGCCUGCGCUUCCUGGGCGAGCGGGCCUUCGGCACGCUGCCGUCGCUGCGCCGCCUGUCGCUGCGCCACAACAACCUGUCCUUUAUCACGCCCGGCGCCUUCAAGGGCCUGCCGCGCCUGGCCGAGCUGAGCCUGGCGCACAACGGCGACCUGCGCUACCUGCACGCGCGCACCUUCACCGCUCUCGGCCGCCUGCGCCGCCUCGACCUGACAGUCUGCCGCCUCUUCAGCGUGCCCGAGCGCCUUCUGGCCGAGCUGCCCGCCCUGCGCGAGCUCGCCGCCUUCGACAACCUGUUCCGCCGCGUGCCCGGCGCGCUGCGCGGCCUGGCCAACCUGACGCAUGCGCACCUGGAGCGCAGCCGCAUCGAGGCCGUGGCCUCCAGCUCGCUGCUGGGCCUGCGCCGCCUGCGCUCGCUCAGCCUGCAGGGCAACCGCGUGCGCGCCGUGCACGGCGGCGCCUUCCGCGACUGCAGCGCCCUGGAACACCUGCUGCUCAACGACAACCUGCUGGCCGCGCUGCCGGCCGAUGCCUUCCUCGGCCUCCGCCGCCUGCGCACACUCAACCUGGGCGGCAACGCGCUGGGCCGCGUGGUGCGCGCCUGGUUUGCCGAGCUGGCCGAGCUCGAGCUGCUCUACCUGGACCGCAACCGCAUCGCCUUCGUGGAGGAGGGCGCCUUCCAGAACCUCUCGGGCCUCCUGGCCCUGCAUCUCAACGGCAACCACCUCACCGUGCUUGCCUGGGCCGCCUUCCAGCCCGGUUUCUUCCUGGGCCGCCUCUUCCUCUUCCGCAACCCGUGGCGCUGCGACUGCCGCCUGGAGUGGCUGCGGGACUGGAUGGAGAGCUUUGGGCGCGCCGCCGACGUGCCCUGUGCCUCCCCGGGCUCCGUGGCUGGCCUUGACCUCCGCCAGGUGGCCUUCGGGCGCUCCUCUGAAGGCUUCUGUGUGGACCCUGACGAGCUGAACCUCACAGCUUCCAGUCCCGGCCCAUCCCCUGAGCCGGCGGCCACCACAGUGAGCAGGUUCAGCAGCCUCCUCUCCAAGCUGUUGGCCCCGAGGGCCCCGGUGGCGGAGGCGGCCAAUACCACCAAGGAGGAACCGGUCAACACCUCCCUGUCUGACAGCCUUCCCUCCCUCGGGGUAGGCGGCUCGGGCCACAAGACCCCGUUUCUCGUGGGCUCUGGUCUCCUGCUCAGCGUGGCCCAGCACGUGCUGUUUGUCCUUCAGAGGGACUGACCGUGCCACACCAGGGUGGCCCGGACUACCUUGGCGGGGCGGAGGGGAGGUUGUUAACUGGGCUGGAUGGUGGCUGGUGGGGAGAGGGGCACAGGAUGGGGGCAGGGAGUGAAAGUUUCAGCCAAGGAUGGAAGGACCAGUCUGCCAUCAGAGGUGACCUGGGAAGAGGAGGACCUUGGGAAAUACCCUGUUCAGGAGAGGGGGGUUUAUGGAUUUCUGCUCCUGUCACAUGAGCAUCAGUUGAAAAAGAAGCAACAAUGAACAGGUGCCCUCUGGUGAGAAGAGUAGGAAUUGGAAGUUUCUGUGGCUACAGAACUCCACCCCUGCCACUCCCCACCCCCAUCUUCUAGGAAACUGGGUCUGCAUGCCUGAAUUAGAGUUAAUCCAUUCAGUUCAGUUCAGUUCAGUCGCUCAGUCGUGUCCGACUCUUUGCGACCCCAUGGACUGCAGCACGCCAGUUAAUCCAUUCGCUAAGUACUAAAAACUGUGCCAAUUCUCCUGGUGGGGCAACCAUUAAGUCCAAUCCCUUUGUUUUCUAGUACAACUCUCCUCCCCCUCCUCCAGGAGCCUGGGGACACUAGGGUCCAGGAAAAUGGGUAGGACAGAAGGCCAGUGGGAAAGGAAAUUAGACCCAAGGUAGUGGAGGUGGUUCCUCUGGUCCCAGAUGUGUCAGGAGGUGUUUAAAACAGAUUCAUUUCACUUACUCUGCACUUAUUCCCAGGGGUGGCCUUGGCUGCAAAAGA